AUGUUUAGAUUGUUUGAUUCCAGUUAUCAAUAAAUGAAUCCUAUAUAUGAAGAAGGUGAUAAUGUCCUCUGGCUUGGUGAUUUUACUGCAGCAUUAGACAGGACAUUGCUUGAAUCAAAAAGUAUUAAAACAGUGUUAACUAUUGCAACUGGCUUAGAUAUAGCCUACAGAGAGCCUGGGAUAAAUCACAAGGUAUAUCAUAUCCUAGAUUCAGAAACUGCAAACAUUGGAAGAUUAUUUUAAGACACGAACACUUAAAUAAUUGAAGGUUUAAAAAGAGGAUCAGUUUUAGUGCAUUGUGCUGCAGGUGUCUCCAGGUCUGCUUCAGUAGUGAUAGCAUAUUUGAUGAAAAAAAAAGGGUUAGCCUUUUAAGAAGCUUUUAAUUUCGUAAAAAAGAAGAGAAGCGUUAUAUAACCUAAUUAUGGAUUUAUUCAAUAAUUAAGGAAUUAUGAAAAGGAAAUAAGGAUAGGAAAAAAAGAACCCCUCUCUUUAAAAAUAAGUGAGAAUCCACAGGAUGCGAAAGGCUGGUAAAUGACAAAAACUUAAGAUAAAAAAUUAUCAGGUCUUAACAUCGUUGGUCAAUAGGCUGUUCAAUAACGAUAGUCAGGUUUAUUAAGUUAACCAAAAAUCACAAGUUCAAAUUCAACAAGAGCUAAUUCAACUUUAAAUUCUAAAAAAUAGUUCGAACCACGGAAAACUUACUAAGGACCAUAGAUUGUAACCUACGCAAAAAAUAAUAAAUUAGUUAUCAAAAAUGAUUUUGCAAUGCCUGAGAUAAAAUAUAAGAAUUAAAAGUGA